CAGUAGCGUUCAUUUAUAACUAGCGGACCAUUUGAAUAACAAUGCUUUGUUUGUGCGGAGGUGCUAUAAAAGGCCCUGGAAACAUGAGAAAUCUCUCCAAUAGACACCAUGGGCAAGAUCAUCUUUUACGAGGACAAGAACUUCCAGGGUCGCAGCUAUGAGUGCAGCAAUGACUGCACAGACCUUCACUCCUUCUUUAACCGCUGCAACUCCAUCCGGGUGGAGAGCGGCUGCUUCAUGAUCUACGAGCGAGCCAACUUCAUGGGUCACCAGUACUUCAUGAGGAGGGGAGACUAUCCCGACUACCAGAGAUGGAUGGGUUUCAGUAGCUGCAUCCGCUCGUGCAAGAUGAUUCCCGCAUACCGAGGCUCGUACAGAUUGCGUAUCUAUGAGAAGCCUGACUUCAGCGGUCACAUGAUGGAGUUCAUGGACGACUGUGCCUGUGUAUCCGACCGUUUCCACCACCGCCAUAUCUACUCCUGUAACGUCAUGAAUGGCUACUGGAUCUUCUACGAGUACCCCAACUUUCGAGGGCGCCAGUACUUCCUGAGGCCUGGCGAGUACCGACGAUACCGCGACUGGUGCGCCACCUGCGCCAUCGUGGGUUCCUUCCGGAGGGUCACAGAAUUUUAGCCAUGAGAUUAAAGCCUUGCUGUAAAUAUCAAACGCUUUGUUUAUUAAAGAUGUCGGAUUUUUAA